CCUUGGCUAAAUGUUUUCUUGUCUGUGGCCCUCUGAUGUGCUCCAGUGAUCAGAGGGUCUGCUGAGAUGCCUGGAGUGGUCAGGGGUCAUCAAAGGGCAGCUGUCCACUAUAAAGGGGCCUGUCUGGAGCUCCGUCUGCAGCCAGCAUCAGUUCAGCCUGAGACCAGCUGGAGGAAGGAAGGAAGGAGCUCUCACCUCUCUCUCUCUUUCUCUCUCUCUGUGAGUUUCAGUCAAAAUGGAAACAAGAGUGCUGACAGUUUUCUGUACGCUCCUCCUCGGCUCUUUGGGAAAUGUUUUCUCCACUCGGGGCCACAGGUCUCGCACCGGCCUCGAGAGAAGUCUAUCAUUCAGAAACCUCUCAGUUAAUCCUCGCAGCAGAUACCCUCUGUACAUGAUGCAUCUGUACCGCUCCUUCAGGACCGUCGAUUCCUCCUCGUCAGUAGCUGUCAACACCGCCAACACGCGAGGGGACAACCCAUCAGCGUACAGCUCUGACUCUGUCCUUAGUCUGAAGGCUAAAGGUUGCCAUCAAGUGGGUGACAGAUGGACAGUUACAUUUGACAUGUCAGCCAUCUCUGCCAGCGAGCUCAUCCAGCUGGCAGAGCUUCGAAUCGGUCUACCGGCCUUCUCUGGCUCUGAGCGCGCCACUGUGGAUUUAUAUCACUCCCGGAAGCAGAGCUGUGACCCGGGCAGCACAUCAUGCCAGGAUGAGCACCUCUUCCUGGGGAGCUUUGGCACGUCGCCCAGCAGCACAAAGUCUUCCUGGAAGGUUUUUAAUGUGACCGCUCUGUUAAAAUUCUGGCUGUACCAAGGCGACAGAGUGUCAAGCCAAGAGGCCUCCGGAGAGGCUGAGACAGACAGUGGGAGCGGUGCUGGGGAGGAGAGGCAGACAACUGACACGGCCCUCUUCAAGAAUUUGGGACUGAGGCAAAGAAAAAUAAACCAUUCAAUAACAAACCGGGUCAUGAUGGUUAUCUUCUCCAAACACAACCUGCCUCAGGAAGGCCACGCUGCAUACAGUCUCAUUCACACGGUGGAGAACUCCAAGUAUGUGACCAUGGACAGAGUCAGCAGUGACAGUCAAAGUCGACGCCACAAAAGGAACCGAAUGGAGAUGAUGAGAGUGGCUGGUGGAGCUGCACCGACAGCAGAGCCGGUGCAGAGGCCGCUGUGUCGCAAGGUAGACAUGUGGGUGGACUUUGACCACAUCGGCUGGGACGAGUGGAUUGUGCAUCCCAAGCGUUUCAACGCAUAUCGCUGUGAGGGAGAGUGUCCGACACCACUGGAUGAGUCCUUCCAGCCCACCAACCAUGCAUACAUGCAGAGUCUCUUGCGUCAGCGCCAUCCAGAAAGAGUGACUUGUCCGUCCUGCGUGCCAACACGGCUCAGCCCUCUCUCCAUGCUCUACUAUGAGAACGACGAUUUGAUGCUGCGUCAUCACGAGGACAUGAUUGUGGAGGAGUGUGGCUGUCACUGAAGGCCCCCCCAUCACCGAGUCAUAAGAGCAACUACUGACAGAGCAUAAAACUGCUUCUUUACACAACAAUAAUGUUCAAAUAUUAAAGUCAGAGUUCUGUUUCAUGGUCUUCUGCAACAAAUAAUGAGAUGUCUCCUGAGGCUGAAUGACUCAAUGUAUAUUUCAUCCAUACUGGGUGGUGCACAAAUGUAUUUUCUAUCUUUGGUGUGGAGUGAGCUCCAUUAUACAAGUAUUAUAUGUUGUAUCUAUUUAUACGUUAUAAUGUAUAUUUUGUACAUAAAAUAUGUUUAAUAAUAAAUAAUAAACAUUUUAUUUUGACAAA